ACUAGGGUUUCUCGCGAUUCAGCUGGCGAUCUCCAAUGCGGGAGCUGGAGAGAUCGCAGAUCCAGGCCCGUUGGGAGGAUUCGCGUCGAGAUUACAGGUAGCGCUGGAGGAUGGGUGGGAUUUUGCGAGAGGAUUCGGGAAUGUAGCCAGCGGCCCGGUGGAUUUUGUAAAUCGCGCGUGCUCGCUCGCCCGCGGCCACCAUGAUGAUGGCUUAUGGAUGGCCGAGGCUCUUCCCGCUGUCAGCUUCGUCGCGGCAAUUCGUCAUCUAUCUGAAGGUCUUGGAGGAUUUGCUGCUUGUUGUGACCAAGAGCGAGAUAGAAAUAUGGAGCUUCGCACAGCAUAGAAUAAAGCUCGGGCAUUGCGUUAGAGAAGCGUCAUCUUUGGACAAGGAAGGGCCAAAUGCGUUUGCGGUCUGGAAAGCCGAUGGAAAAUCUCUUGCUGUCAUUACUGCUGGCUUUUUUUUCUCUGUCUAUGAGAUUGCCAUCUCUGGCAAGAAGCUUGCCGAUGCAAACCAUGCGGUCGACUUACUCCAUUUCAAAUGUGGCUUCAACACUAGACUGUCUCAAAGAGUGACAGCACUUACGAGUGACGAUGCGUCGAUCCUCCUCGGCUUGUCAGAUGGUUCCUUGACAGUGAUGUCUUGGACGGGAGAGGAAGUGGGGAACGUCAAACUUCGCGGCGGCUUUGUUCCGUUAGUCGGCAUCCUGCCUCUUUCCGUGGAAAAUGGAAAUUUGGAAUCAUCUGGCCUGGGAGUUGUUCAACUUGAAACGUCAACUGUCUUGCAAAUGCUGGUGGUGGUUUUUAUCGAUGGUCGUGUCCUUCAGUGCUCGAUCGACCGUAGGAGCCCAGCUGAUAUCAAGCCGGAAAAAUGGGCCUCUAUAUUUGAUGCUGUUUGCACAUCCAUCGGCCAGCAACUCCAGUUGCUAGCAGUCGGCUCAAGACGUGGAACAGUCGAGCUCUUAAACUUGGCUGAUAACCUCUCUCAUAUUCGGACCAUUUCGCUCUUGGACUGGGGGUAUUCCGUAGAGGACACUGGCUCCGUCGCGUCCAUGAGCUGGACACCUGAUAACUCUUCGCUUGCUGUUGGAUGGAAGAACAGGGGGAUUUCUGUGUGGUCUGUCUCGGGCUGUCGACUUAUGUGCUCCAUCCGCCAAGGGAGUGUAAGUAAUGCAUUUUCUCCUGCUUCAUCUGGAGUUGACGCAUCGAGACAUGAGCCUUUGGCAAAUGGUGCAGCACAUUUGGCUUGGGGACCGCAUGGCUUCAGCUUAAUAGCUGCCGGGCCAAGAAACGUUAAGGGGCUUCUGGAGUUUUCUUUCGCCAAAAGUUCUCUAAAACGAUGUGUAUCCGGGAGUUCUCAUAUCCUGGAUGUACUUUAUGGAGAAGACAGAUUGCUCCUUGUUGAGUUUGACGAGGAAGACGAGCUUAAGUUACGGCAUCUGAUGAUUCCGAAAACUUACAUAAGUGAAGGCUGGCCGGUGAGGCAUGUGGCUAUUAACGAAGACGGAAGCUAUUUGGCAAUAGCUGGCAAGCAGGGUGUGAUUCUUUACGACGUUUUGAUGAAGAGGUGGCGUGUCUUUGGCGACAUAACGCAAGAGCGGCAGAUUCGCUGCUUCCAGUUGAUCUGGCUUGACAAAAUCAUAGUUCUACUCAAUUAUCGUGAGGCGACUGAUUCGUAUGAAUUAAGUCUGUAUCCAAGGUUUCAUCUUGAUGAGAGCUCGCUGUUGUGCCGCAAGAUGCUGCCUGGGAAUCCUAUAACGAUGGACAUCUGGCAGCAGUACAUCCUCGUUGCAUUUGCUCCUUUUGAUCUGAGGAUUUUUCGUGUCACCAUGGAUGGGAAUGUAACUCCUUUCAAGGUUCCAGUUGUCCAGCUAGACACAGUACGAGAGCUGUCAAUUGUUAGUGUCAAAAGGGCUCCUGUGGCACUGCAGUUAGUACCACCACAAAGAAGCCCGGAAUCAUCUCAGCAACCUGGCAGGUGCGUGGUUUUGCGUAACGAUGGAGAGCUAUCAAUACUUGACCUUGACAAAGGCAGUGAACGAAGCCUUGCAACUGGUAUCGAGAGAUACUGGCUGACGUCCGGCAAUGCACAUAUCAAGGGUCUAGCGGAAGAAAUAUCCUGGUGGGCGUAUGGUCACCAGGGAAUGCAGGUCUGGUACCCGUCGUCUUUGUCGGCUGAUAAAACGUCACAGCUGGACCCUGAAAUUGGGUUCGAUAGAGAAGUUUAUCCGUUGGCUCUUUGCCCUUCUGCUGGUGUUCUUGUCGGGGUCUCACAACGCUUGUCGGUAUCAACAUGCAGCGAGAUGCCGUGUUUUGAGCCAAUUCCUCAAGCCGAAACUAUUCUUCCUUGUUUGCUUCAUCAUUUACUUCAGCGUAACAAGCAAGACGAGGCGUUGCAGCUCGCAAAGCUGUCUGCAAGAAAUCCACACUUUUCUCACUCUUUGGAAUGGCUGCUCUUCAGAGUCUUUGACGGUGCAAUAUUCAGACAGAAUCCCAAAUCCAACCUGGAAGUCUCGACAAAAAAGACUAGUCUCCUCGAGCAAGUAUGCGACCUGAUACGCAAUUUUCCAGAAUAUCCAGAUGUAGUUGUCAGCGUCGCUAGGAAAACAGAUGGUCGUCACUGGCCUCUACUUUUUGCCGCCGCAGGAGACUCUACAAAACUUUUUGAGGAAUGCUUUGAAAGAAAGAGUUACCAUACCGCAACGUGUUACAUCUUGGUGAUUGCUAAACUGGAAGGUCCGUCCGUAAGCCAACGGGGAGCUCUUCGUUUGCUACAGGCAACACUAGAUGAAUUUAUGUAUGAACUUGCUGGAGAAUUGGUUCAGUUUCUGUUGAGAAUCGGGCGUGAGUACGAAAAUUCUGAUAAGGAGCUCGGUAGAAGUAACAGUAAUACAUUGACCACAUUCUUUCUUAGAUUGCCGUCGUCGACCAGACGGGCGUCAUUGAGUGAGACAGAUCUUCUCACGUCCACAGUUAGAAAGAUUUUGGAGGAUCAUGCCGUGGGUUUGAUGUCAAGGAGAGCUCUGUCCGAUCUUGUUGCAUUUGUCAAGGAAACUCAGUUCAAUCUCACGAAAUUUCUGCAGGCCGAAAGAGAUAAGUCAGCGAGAUUAGAUGACUUCGCCUCCGCUCUUCGAUCAAUGAGUGAAAAGCUUUGCAUGGACGUCCUCCAGAACAGGCUUGAUGCCGAGUUUUUGCUGGCACACAUGUGUACCGUCGGGUUCCGAGAAUGGAUUGUGGUGCUUUCGACGCUUUUGAGGCGCGUCGAGCUUCUGGUGGAGAUCUUCCGUGGUGACGUCCGCCUGUGGCAAGCGUAUAGCAGAACACUUAAAUCGCAUCGAGAUUUUGUCGAGUACCAGGACCUCCUUGUAGAGCUGGAGAGCUCCUUGGCAUAAAAUGGACACUGUAAAUUUUUGCUACUUGUUUAUGUCUUCCAACCAGAGACCUUUUGUCGAGUGUGUGCGAAAGUGGUAGACGAAAAAGAAGAGAAGCAAGGCGGUACAGGACACGGGGAAACACAAGAGUAAGAUUGCUAUUAUUCCCGAGAGUGAUGACAGCGCAGCAGUGAUUCCAUAGCGCAAGUUGAGUUGUCACGACCGGCAACAAAGGUGUCAAAGAAAGAAGGCGAGCUGUGCUCAAAGCGCUGGAUCUCUAGACAACCCCGGCGCUGUUGGCACUGGCGUGGAUGGAGGAGGGAUGAUCGAUCAUAAAGCGAAAGUGAAACAAGCAGUGCAAAAAAAAAACUCCAGUAAGAUUCCUGUCGCGAAGCAAAGCAGGGAAUCAUUCAGUGUUCUUCGCCGCCCGCGCAAACUUUUUUCUCGUGUAGUUUGGGCUUUGUUUCCCAUGCGAAUGGUUUGGCGCAUCACGAAAUAAUCGUAGGAGCAAACAGCGCAGCCAUCAAGCGCACAUUGA